CCAGUGUUUGGUGGCCAAGCUUUCUGACGUUUGCCUUUGUCCCGUGACGCCCCCAGGUAGUUCCCCCAAAGGAGUGGAAGCCACGGCAGUGCUAUGAUGACAUCGACGAGCUGGUCAUCCCAGCACCGAUCCAGCAGUUGGUCACCGGGCAGUCCGGCCUGUUCACUCAGUACAACAUCCAGAAGAAGGCGAUGACUGUGCGGGAGUUCCGCAGGACUGCAAACAGCGACAAAUACUGCACGCCCCGCUAUACUGACUUUGAGGACCUUGAGCGGAAAUACUGGAAAAACCUCACAUUCAAUGCCCCUAUCUAUGGUGCUGAUGUUAAUGGCACACUCUACGAGAAGCAUGUAGAUGAAUGGAAUAUUGGCAGGUUGAACACAAUCCUGGAUGUAGUGGAGAAUGAAAGUGGCAUAACCAUCGAAGGAGUGAAUACCCCUUACCUCUACUUUGGGAUGUGGAAAACCUCCUUUGCCUGGCAUACUGAGGACAUGGACCUCUACAGCAUUAAUUACCUGCACUUUGGGGAGCCCAAGUCAUGGUACUCCAUCCCUCCAGAACAUGGGAAACGGCUGGAGCGACUUGCCAAAGGAUUUUUCCCAGGAAGUGCCCAGAGCUGUGAAGCUUUUCUCCGCCACAAGAUGACCCUGAUCUCUCCAUCAAUACUGAAGAAAUAUGGCAUCCCCUUUGAUAAGGUAACACAGGAGGCUGGAGAAUUUAUGAUAACAUUCCCUUAUGGUUAUCAUGCUGGCUUUAAUCAUGGGUUUAACUGUGCAGAAUCUACCAACUUUGCCACUCUUCGGUGGAUCGAGUAUGGAAAGCAGUCUGUAUUAUGUUCAUGUCGGAAGGACAUGGUGAAGAUCUCUAUGGAUGUUUUUGUGAGGAAAUACCAACCAGAUCGCUACAAGCUCUGGAAAGCUGGGAAAGAUGUGACUGUCAUUGACCACACUCUUCCAACACCGGAGGCAGCCGAGUUCUUCAAGGGGGAUCUCAUCCAGAAAAUUGAGACUGAAAAGCAGUGCUCUGAUGAAAUGGAAACAGGGGAGCCAUGCAAAGAAGGUGAAGAUCUGGAGGAGAAGAAGAGUCUGCCUAAGCACCGCAUAGGAACCAAGAGGCACAGGGUCUGUCUUGAGGUGCCCCAGGAGGUGAGUGAGAGCGAGGCUUUCCCCAAGGAGGAGCUCAGCUCUGUGCAGUACGGGAUGGAAGUCACAGAGCCUGCUGUGGGACCGAGUAGUCAGCUUGUGCAGCAGGAUGAACAUGGACUUGCACCUCCAGAUUGUGAGGACUCCUCUGUCAGAUUUGAAGAACUGAAAAAUGUAAAGUUGGAUGAAGAGGAGGAAGAGGAAGAAGAGGAAGAGGAGGAGGCAGCUGCACUGGAUCUUUCCAUUCCCCACUCUGCAAGUUCCACCUUGGUUCUGUCUGCUGCUAAGCCGAAUUCAGCUUUGUACCUUCAGUCCAGCUCCCCAGCGUAUUCUGCUUCUUCUGACUCUGAAUCAACCAAUCUGCUGUCAAGACAAACUGUUCUUGGUCCAGCCAGAGUACUUACUGUUCACAGCUAUGCUAAAGGGGAUGCCAACGAGGCUGACGAGGAACAGGCUUCAGGGAAGAAAGCCAGUGCUACAGCCAGUAUGAGUGAGCAUGAACUGGCAGAGAUGGCAAAAGAAUACCUGAGAUCAAUGAAAGAGAGUAAAAAGUCAAAGGGUCGUCGCCAGCCCUUGAGCAAACUCCCACGUCAUCACCCACUCGUGGUAAAAGACUGCAUCAGCGAUGAUGAGUCAUCAGAGCAGCUAACUCCUGAAGAAGAGUCUGAGGAGACAGAGCCUUGGGCCAAGCCCCUUAGCCAGCUGUGGCAGAAUCGACCUCCCAAUUUCGAAGCAGAAAAAGAAUAUAAUCGGACCAUGGCUCAGCAGUCCCCUUACUGUGCUGUCUGCAUGCUUUUCCAGACAUACCAGGCAGAAUGUGGAGGCCACAGUCAAAACUCUGGAGCGACUCCAAGUGCCACUGAUGGGAAAAUCCGAACCAAGCCCCUGAUACCUGAGAUGUGCUUUACCACCACUGGCUGCAGCACGGAUGUCAACCUUUCAACCCCUUACCUGGAGGAAGACGGAACCAGUCUCCUGAUCACCUGCAGAAAUUGCCAUGUCCGUGUUCAUGCCAGUUGUUAUGGUGUAUCGCCUAACAAGGCCACUGAAGACUGGGUGUGCUCCAGGUGUGCAGCCAAUGCCUUAGAAGAGGAUUGCUGUUUAUGUUCUUUACGAGGUGGUGCCCUACAGAGAGCCAACGAUGACAAGUGGGUCCAUGUGAUGUGCGCUGUAGCUGUAUUGGAGGCAAAAUUUGUGAAUAUUGCAGAGCGCAGUCCAGUGGAUGUUGGCAAAAUCCCUCUGCAGCGCUUCAGACUGAAAUGCAUCUUCUGUAAGAAGCGGAGGAAGAGAAUUGCUGGCUGCUGUGUGCAGUGCUCCCAUGGUCGAUGUCCUACAUCCUUUCACGUUAGCUGUGCUCAAGCAGCCGGAGUUAUGAUGCAGCCUGAUGACUGGCCAUUUGUUGUCUUCAUUACUUGCUUUCGGCAUAAGAUUCCAUCCCAGGCAGAGCGAGCCAAGGCAGCUCUGCAGGAUCUCUCGCCUGGCCAGAUAGUCAUCAGCAAGCACAAGAACGGCCGCUUCUAUCAGUGUGAAGUGGUCAGCCUAACAAAGGAAACCUUCUACGAAGUCAACUUUGAUGACGGCUCGUUCAGUGACAACCUCUAUCCAGAGGACAUUGUGAGUCGGAACUGUCUGCAGCUGGGCCCACCUGCUGAAGGCGAAGUUGUGCAAGUGAGAUGGACAGAUGGACAAGUCUAUGGGGCCAAGUUUGUUGCAUCACAUGCCAUCCAGAUGUACCAGGUGGAAUUUGAAGAUGGAUCCCAGCUGAUGGUGAAGAGGGAUGACGUGUACACUCUUGAUGAGGAACUUCCCAAGAGAGUCAAAUCCAGGCUGUCGGUAGCUUCUGACAUGCGCUUCAUGGAGAUCUUCGCAGAGAAGGAGGUCAAGCAAGAGAGGAAGAGACAGAGGGUGAUCAACUCACGCUAUCGGGAGGAUUACAUUGAGCCUGCCCUCUACCGGGCCAUCAUGGAGUAAGCAGUGCCUGGGGCAGGAAGAGGAGAGGUGCUCACCUCCCCAUGGAUUUGAACACUCCAGGACAAUUGAGGCCAAACUCGGACACUUCACAGCCAGGGUUUUUAAAAGGUAGAGUACUCUGCAGUAGCCGGAUGGAGGAUCCAGUUCACGUUGCCUCUGCAAAGGCCUGUGGGCUCCUGGUCUGCAGUCAGGUCCCACUGAGCACGUAUCCUACAAGCCAGCUGGGGAGUGCUGCCUCCACACUGCAUCUCCUCAAGCAGUUUCUCAUGUUUCUUCUUGCCUGAGACAAACCCGACAGGUAUCAGACUCUUCUGGGAGACAGUCAGGAAUUCUGGCAGCUGCAGGAUGAUAACAAAUGUACAGUUUUUGUUGAACAAUGUUACUGAUUCCGGGAGCCUCCACGUGGCCGUGCCUGCCCUGCACAGGCAGUAUUACUGGUGCUUCAAACUGAACCUCUUUUUAUAUUUAUAUCCAUGUUUCCGUCUAGGGCAGCUCCAGUCUCUCGUUUUUAUCUGCUCCUCUCUGAGGGAGGACCCUCAGGCUGUGCAAAGCCAAGCAGAUGGGAGGCAUUUUUGUGGACAGGUGGAACAUGAGGAUGAAUUCCAGCUGGGCAUGCUCUUGUUCGAACUCUCUCUCUAGUUUUUGUGUUGCUUUUGGUUUCCGUGUCCCCUCCCGUGGCUUACCGUGAUGACGUGUGCCUCUGUGCAGAGCCUCGAUCUGCACAGCCCUCUGACGGGAAUGUCUAUUCAGCCCCCAGAGACAGGCCGUGAGCUGGCAGCUCACCAACGCAAUAAAGACCAAAGGGAUCCCAGGUCCCUGGUACUCCUCGUGGAGAUCCAGGCACCACAGUAUUGGAGUAAGACAGGGCUGCAGCAUCUGCACAGCCCAGCAGUAGUUCUGUAGCAGUGCUGCUUUGCAGGGGGCUGCGGGCCCUUGCCUGCAGUCGCUUGAUUAGUCCGUUAUGAGAUGCACAGCGUGCGUGGCACACGGUGAUCGGUGGUUGUGUUGGGCUGCUCUGAAUCGCGUGUGUUGCCACGUUGGGCCAUGCUUUGGUGACUGGUUGCAAACCCUAUGUAGAGUAUUCGUGGGGCGCACGCCUAGAAUGGUGUUGGAGACUGCUGAGUUCAGGAGCCAGACAUUGUGUGUGCCCUGAGAACAUGCUAGCGCAUUUCUAGUAGCUAAAGCAUUAAGAGGUCGAACAGACUUUCCUGUCCCAUGAGAGGGAUUUUAGGCAGGGGGAUAGCUGAGUGCUGUCAGACAGAAUGGGGCAGGUUUCCCUCUGCAGGAAAACAGGCAUUCGUUUACCCCAGACACAAUGCUCCUCAGUAACAUGUGCCUGGUGUCCCUCAGCCUGGUGCGUGGGAGACCCCGAUCCAUAACCAUUUCUUUGUUACAUGAGAACGCUAGAAACCAAAUUACUCUGGAACAUGGUGCAUCAGCGUGUGAUCAGCAAUAAAGCAUAGUGCUGUGCGGUGGUUUGACUCCAGAUCUGAGAAGUUGUAAGCAAGAAGCUGUUUGUGGAAACUGCAUCUGUAUUUAUCGACCAAAAGUCUUUUAGGCCAGGUGCUGAUGUGACCAGCUGCGGUGCACGUAGCUCCUAUGGAUCUGUGGGCCUGCCUGUGCCUUCCACAGGUGGGAGGGAGCACUCUCUCUUAUUCAGUAUUGAAAGCUUGAGUAGUAGAUCCUCAGAUGGGACAGGGGCUUCAGCUUGUACAUUUUCCCAGUGACUGAAGUCCUAAUCCAUGUACGAUGUUAAUGAUCCCUUUUCUGCUGAGUGUAGGAAUAGUUUACUGCGUACCAGUUUUUUAGGCAAAGUUAGAUUCAUAGUGUUGGCAAGCGUGCAGGUCUGGGAGGUGUCGCAGGGACUGCAGUUUUGAGAGGAGAUGGGGAGACGGGCGGCUCCUGCGUGCCAUUCCUUCAGCUGGAGCAAAUGGGGAGUGCCGCCCUGCCUGUCGCUGAAGAGCAUGUUCUCUACAUCUGCCCCACACCCAAAAUUAAGCAUCUGGACUGGCUUCCUGGCCGGGCUGUCACUGUCUGCGUGGAUAGUGUCCUUUGAGGUGGCAACGCCACAUGCCUGUUAAAUGCAUCUCUGGAGACUGCUGUGCCGUGAAGUGACCAGAGCGUGUGAGGUGGAGCUUCUGCUCUCAAGCUGCAUCACGCUGCCACCUGCCUUUCCAGGAUCUCGCUCCCAGGUCAGCUCUGGGAAAGGCCCUUUGGUCUGACGUGUCUGGGAACAGGCUCUGCGCUGCUGCCCAUGCCAGGAUGUGGCUGCCUAGUCUUGGAAGCCAGUUGCCAUCCUUGCUGGGGUCUCCUGCCUCCUGCAGUACCAGAAGGAGGGCUUCCCAUUUCUCUUCUCGCCUGCGCUUGGCUGUGUGGCGUAAUAGCUGUGUGUAGUGUGACCCUCCCUUCCAGUCCGUUUGCAGUUUAAAAUCCCCUGUGCAGAGACUGGCCUGCGUUCCAGCCAUAGCCACUGCAGAAACAUCUGUGACCGAUGGGGCCCUGACCACACCUGGACACUUGGGAACCUUUGUGACUUCUGACUCGGACUGAAAUGUUGUGGGCACAUGCCUUAAAGUGUGCUUGAAACAUGGCAUCUGCACGGUGUUUCCUGGUGUGGGGACAUUGCACCCCUUCCACUCCCACUUGAUAAUGCUGGCUCCUUCCCAUGGUACUUCCUUAGGAACAUUUUACCUCCCUCUUCUGCAGUCACUGCUGGCUCAGGCAGGUGCCAUUAGGGUGUUGCUCCAUCAGGGAUUUUUUAAAUAUAUCAGAUGGGAAGCUAUUUUUUAAAAGCACUGGCAGCUGUUGUGUUCCUGCUAAACCACCCCAGCGGGAGGUGUGGUGGGAGCUCUUGCCCUACUGUUGCUUUGCCUCCCCCUGUCCUUUCCUCGAUUUCUGGCUUGGGCUGGUUCAAGUUGGAUUCCUCGCAGGUUUUUUCGAAUGCAGCUGUUGACACUUCCCCCAGGCGAGGCUGGCAGGUCAGCUUUUCCUUCUCCCAAGGCAAGUCUUCUGUUGUGCUGAUGCUUGUUGUAGAGGCCUGAGACUUCCUGGAAAACUCCUGCACCAUUAGCAGACUCUUCUGGCAGGCAGGGACUGUGUUCUCAGAGGUGACACCUGUUCUCCUAGCCCCCGCUCUUGGGAUGGUGCAGGGCUCUGAACCAGAGCGAAAUUAGUUCUGCACUUGUGCAGAGCCAUGUCCAAGCUGGAGGGCAGGGUGCUGGUGCCUGUCCCCCUGUGCCGAGGUGCCCCACAUGUUUCCACCAUCCCCAGGCCUUGCCUGGGCUCCUGUUCUCUGCGUUGGUCCUUGUGCUUGGGGGUUUUUUAAUGCAAACAGAAGGUGGAAACAAGACUCUGGCAGCCUAUGUAUUGUUUUCAAUUUGAUCUAGUAAUAAACAUAAUGAAUUUCAGAACG